AUGUCUCUCGCAAACGCAGAAGUUCUACUGGCCUUUAAAGCUGGAAGAGCUUUUAGAAGGGAAGGAACCAAUUUUGUUGAUCCCAGCUCAACCAAAGGUGCCAUCUACAUCACCAAUGGAGAAGAUGGCCUGCAACACUUCAUCUGGAAGAACCGUGUUACGGGCGACAUAGAAGAGGAUCUCAUUUUGUUCCCCUUCGAUGCUUCCUUCGUCAAGGUUUCUCAAUCCAGUGGCAGAGUAUACGUUCUAAAGUUCUCAUCUUCAAAUCAGAGGCACUUCUUCUGGAUGCAGGAUGCUUCAUUCGCUCGCGAUACAGAAUUUGCAAACAACGUAAAUGGCUUGCUGCAAGAUCCAGAGUAUGAGUUGAGGUGGGGCACCUCUAAUGCACCUCAAGCAUCUACAUCGUCUGCACCUGCUCAACCUGCUGCAUCAUCCUCGACUUCUGCUACUUCUUCCAAUACAAAUUUCCAGGCUACUCCAGAACAACUCGCAGCUAUUACACAGAUGCUGUCUUCGAUGUCAGGACGAUCUGGAGAAGCAACCCAAGCCCCUGAAUUAUCUCUCACAGAUAUUCUUACACCAGCAAAUCUGGGACCUUUGUUUACCGGCCACCCCGAACUAAUUCCAGCACUCUUCCCUCACCUUCCUCCAGACCUACCGAUGCCUCCAUCCGCGGAAGUUCUGCAACGAAUUAUACAAGCCUCGGUCGCAAAUUUUGAUCAGGCGUUGAGGACAGGCUUAUUAGGAAAUCUUGUAACGACGUUGGGCUUGCCGGAAGAGGCGGGGACCGGAGUUGGCCCAUUCCUAAGGGCAAUUCAAGAACAAGCAGAUAGAGAGGCAAGCGAUAGCAUGGACACGGAUUAA